AUGACGGACGAGGGGAUCGCACCGGCGAGCACCGGUACGAUUUUGUAUACUUUGCCAGUAGAGCGAGGCAGAACGCCAACGGCGCAACAGAAGCCCGUGGUGCGUGGCAGAUAUGCCAAGUUCAAUGGCACCAUGGACGUGAUGCUACUGGAGGCGCUACAGAUCAACAAUCCGUUCACAGCCAAGCAUGGCACGAGGCUGCAAAUGUGGCAGAAUGUGGCCGAAGCUAUUGGCAUGCAGGUGUUUAAGAACCCAGCAGCCUUCUCAUGGCACACCUGCCGUGAUCGCGUGACGGCGCUGAUGAAAAUGUAUACAGAUGGCAAGCACGACAAGUUAUUUAAACACGGUACGAUGGAGGAGAAUGCACGCAAGGAGACAAUUCUGCGUGAGAUCAAUGAGACGCUUCUUCGAAAGAAUCACAAGAUGGCAGGACAGACAGUUGUGGACGGCAACGGCAAGGAGAGAGUCAAGCGACGGAAAUUGGAGAAUUCCGCAAGUGGUAAAGUGGUUGCUGUGUCGGACGCUCAUGAGAUUAGUAGCAGCGAGAACUUCCGUGCGCGGGUUCUUGAGCUAAUUGAGAGCAAGAUUCAAUUCGAUAUGGAUCAGCGACAGAAGGAGACGGAGCUUCGGGAGCAGGAGUUCGAGCUGCAGAAGCGGUUCCUGGAGUAUUUACAGUCCAAGUAG